UCUCAAACUGAAGUGUUCUACAAAAUGCUUUAGUCUUAUCUUCCCAUCUGAAACAAAGUGUUUGCCCCACUGCACCCCAACUUCUCCCUUUUAUUUUUUCUGUCUCUCUCUGUCGGCAUCAUGAGACCAGAAAAUAACCCUUUGGAUCUCAACAACCUUCCCGAUGACUACUCCAGAGAUGGCAUACAACUCUUCCAAGACAGUUUCUCAUCGGAAGAAUACCAGAGAAACAAAGACAUAGUGAAAGAUGAUGAGAAUGAGAAGGUCUACGAGUGUAGAUUUUGUUCCCUCAAGUUCUGCAAAUCACAGGCUCUUGGGGGACACAUGAACCGUCACCGACAAGAGAGGGAAACAGAGACACUGAACCAUGCUCGUCAGCUGGUCUACCGUAACGAUCAUACCCUAAGCACUCCACCCGCCCCCAACCUAGGAUGCUGUCAACCAAUAGCAUCAGGGGGCUAUCAUCCUGCAAGUAGCAUGGGAGACCCAACAAUGCAGGCAAGGUUCCCAAGAUACAUGUCGGGUCCGGGUUCAGGUUCAUCUUCGUUCCAUCUACCAACUCCACCACCGCCGCAGCUGCAACUGCAUCAACCAUCUCAUCAUCUCUUGUUAGCCUCACCUCCUACACCACCCCUUCCUUUUCCACCGCCACCGUCGUAUUCUCACCACCAUCAUGCAGUGAAUGACUACUAUGUGGGUCACGUUCUGGGCAGCAGCACCAAGAAUCACGUCCUCAGUGACUGCACUUGCAUCGGGGCACCCGUAGGACAAACAUUGGUGGGUGGUGGCAAAGACAGGUCACUGCAGACUCCUCAGGGCGAUACGUUGAAUUGGGGACGGGGCUAUUCAGGAACACGGCAGCUAUUGGAUACUCCUUCAGCGAUCAAUCGGUGUCACGAAGGGUUUCAAUGAGUGGUGACGAUUUUAUUAUGCAUCACAAAAGACAUGCUAUUCAGAAAGAGAGAGACUUAACGAACUGACACAUGGGGUCAUGAAGGGAAAGGAAAUAGAGAGAGAGAAACGGGUUUUGGUUUCAUACUUAAUUAAUGGACACAGCUUUUGAGCUCAUGCAUAGGCUCAGCUACUUUG